AAAAAAAAAAAAGUAAAAAGCGCUUUGCAGCAACAGCACACAUUCAAUAUGGCGAUUGAGGAUAAGAAGCGCAAGCAUAAGCACGAGAAAAAAGAGAAGAAGGAUAAAUCGCACAAGAAGCAUAAGAGCUCUAAAAUUGUGCAAGUCCAAUCAGAAAAGAAGCCAGCAUCAUCGGUGGUUUCAUCGUCCUUUUCCGAAGUCAAUGCGAAACUGUAUCUCCAUUUGGCCCCCAUGUGGUCCGGGAAAGUCAUGGACGGUGUAAAUGAACAACUGAAUGCGUUUUUAAUGAAAUACGUGCCUGAAGUCGACGGCAUUAUUCUCGCUCAUACCGAUGUCCAGCUACUCACCGAAAAAGCUACUAUUCUCUUCGACUCUCCAUUUAGCCAUUUCUUCGUUCAUGUCAAGUUCCUCGUAUGGAAGCCCAAAAAGGGUACCAAACUUGUCGGUCGUAUCAACUUGCAAUCACAAGAUCAUAUCGGUCUUCUUAUUUACGGCACUUUCAACGCAUCCAUUCCCAGAUCACGUAUUUCCAAAGACUUGUAUGAAUGGAAAGCUUCCGAGACGAAUGAAGAAGAAGAAGUGGUCGAUAACGACGCAGAAGAGGAAACUGCAGAAAAUUAUUCAGAAGAGCGUAAGCGAAGUCAAUAUGGCGAAUGGAUCAAUAAGCAAACGGGUGCAAGCAUCGGCCAAGACGAUGCAUCUCUUGAAUUUACCGUCGUUGAUAUUAUAGAAGCUAAUGAUAUUCUUACCGUCACUGGUUCCUUGUUAUAAACUGUAAAUUCUCAUAAAUCCAAGCAUAUACACAUCCACCUCAUCACUCAUCCUUUCCGAAAAGAAACCAACAAAAAAAAAAGAUAAAUCUGUCGCCAUCUUUUAGAAACGAAUCCUAUGUCUAGAACUUUGUAGAAUAACAGCCACCGCAAACAUUCUGCUAUGCUUACAGCCGAUAUGACAUGUGUGACGCCGUGCAUGCUUAGGAAUUCUAGAAACGAGAAUCACGCGCAAUGAGCAUGAUUUUAUGGCCUUAUUUUAGCGUUACAUGACCUAAAUGUUACUUUGGGUUGCAUUUCUGGUCAGCUAGUUUCCGAAUGGGAUGCUGAUGAAAGUUGUCCCUUUUUCUUUUGAUACCCCAUUGUAUAUAAAAGUAGAGUCCUCAUUUGCCAUACUAUCGAAGACGGCUUUUUGAAAAAUACCUACCAUUAUUAAAAUGU